AGUCCCAGUCCCCACGGCCUUCAAGCUCACCUCCUUCCCUGCGCAACCUUUUCUCUUGGCCCCAGCCUGCUCCUGCAAACCCGCCUCCGCUACUGCUCGCAACCUCUCGCUCCCCCUCCCUGCCUUACCAUCUCUCCCGCCCCAACGUGCAAACCCGCCUCCACACCUGUCGCAGUUCCUCUCCCUCUCCCUCUCCCAGGUGUCCCAGCCUUGCCUUCUCCCCCGCCCCACCCUGCUCUCUUCAAACCCGCCUCCAACUACUGUCGCAAUUCCCCUCCCAUCCUUGAGUCUCCGUCGCCCCACCUCUGCUCGACCUCCACAAACCCCGUAGAGAUUGAAAUCUCCACUGAUAAGCAGCGGGAACAAUUUGGAAGCGCCGCUCAUAAUGAGUGGAUGAGCAUUCGAAAAUGGCUGGAAAAUUUCAGAGAGAGAGAGAGAGGGAGUCGGACUAUAAGGGAGAUGAGUCGUCGGUGUCAAAAACCCUACAAAAACUUAAUGGGUCUAUGCUCGUCGUCAGUCGCCACCGGGAAGCUGUUCUUCCGUUGUAGAUAAGAAGAACAUCAUCCAGGGCGAAGGGGAGUUGGCUUUCCGAUAACUUGAUUCCGUCAUUCUUACCAAAUAAUUUUAGUUUCUUAACCGAAAACCCAUUCGUUGAAUUUUAGAAAAUCAAUCUGUGAGAUUGAAAUCGAACAUUCGAAUCAAAGAGAGCCACACCGUUGAUACGGUUUCUCACAGGCACUCCUAUUCUGGUUACAAUCUGCUGAGCGUCUCGAUUUUAAUGGGGGAAGAGAAGGCUGAAACCAGUGGUUUGCAAGAAGCGGAGGUUUCAGUAUCCGCCUCUGGAAUGAACCUUGAACGAGAUGCAGAGGUAGUGGAGGAAGAAGAAGAUGGAGAAGAGGAGGAGGAGGAAGAAGAAGACAACGAUGAAGAGGGUGAAGAAGAUAUAGAAGAUGGGGAGUACACGCUGAGGUUCGAAGGUGAGAUGGAUCCUUUGGACUUCACGGAGGAUGAUGCCUAUGGAAUCCAGCCUUAUCAGCAAUUUGAGCGCCUCGAGUAUGAAGCUCUGGCUGAGAAAAAGAGAAAAGCGCUUGCCCAGUCCCAACGAGAUGGAUCUGCAAAGAAGCCUAGGCAAGAGAUGCUUGGUGCGAGUAUUGCUGAAAUUAUGGAAGUAAUGAACUACGGUAUGAGAAGAAAGUCGAGGAAGCCUAGGAAAAGGGGAAGGCGGAAGGGAUCAAAAAAUAAGCUUAGCCCUGAAGUCACUAGGAAACUUGGAGAUGCUACUCUUCAUUAUGCAUUUGGUCGUUAUGAAGAGGCCAUUAGCGUACUCAAAGAGGUUGUUCGGCUUGCACCCAAUUUGCCUGAUUCAUACCAUACACUUGGCCUUGUUUAUAAUGCAAUUGGGGACAAAAAGAAAGCAUUGAACUUCUACAUGAUUUCUGCACAUUUGACACCAAAGGAUCCCUCUCUCUGGAAACUGCUUUUCACCUGGUCCAUAGAGCAAGGAAAUACCGGUCAGGCAAGGUACUGCCUUUCUAAAGCUAUAACAGCAGAUCCAGAGGAUAUCAAUCUUAGGUUUGAUCGUGCAUUGCUUCAUAUAGAGCUUGGGGAUUAUCAAAAAGCUGCAGAAUCAUAUGAGCAAAUAUUAAAGCGACGACCUGAGAAUGUUGAAGCGCUCAAGAUGGCUGCAAAGAUGUACCAAAAAUGUGGUCAGGAUGAACGAGCUGUUCGAAUUUUGGAGGAUUAUUUGAAGGAUCAUCAGACUCAAAUUGAUUUGGAUGUGGCUAAUCUGCUAGUUGCCAUACACAUGAAAAAUAAUGCACAUGCUGAAGCUCUUCAGCAGAUUGAGCAUGCACGCUUGGUUUACAACCGUGGAGAGGAAUUCCCAUUAUAUCUAAAUGUUAAGGCUGGAAUUUGUGAAGUUCAUCUGGGUAAUUUGGACAAGGCCGAGAUUAUUUUCAGGGAUUUGCAAAAGGAGCAUACUGAUGAUCAUCCUAAGUUGAUUAGUGAUGUUGCUGAUUCCUUUAUGAAUCUUGGUCAGUAUGAAUCUGCGUUGAAGUAUUAUUUCUUGCUUGAAGCGAAUGGUGGCAAUGACCAUGGGUUCUUACAUUUUAAAAUUGCUCAAUGUUACUUGUCAUUGAACAAGAGAGUACAAGCUAUUCCAUUCUUCCAAAGAGGUCUGCACUCUAUGGAGGGAAAUAUUGAUGCCCGCUUAACUUUAGCUUCCCUUCUUCUUGAGGAAGAACGAGAAGAUGAAGCCAUUCUAUUGCUUUCUCCCCCAAAAAAUUCAGAGUCAAUAGUGGACAAAAAUUCUACACAGUCUACACAUUGGUGGCUUAAUGGGAAAAUAAAAAAGCUAUUAGCUCGAAUUUAUCAUGCCAGAGGGAUGCUUGAAGAGUUUGUCAAUGCAAUAUUUUCCUCUGUUCGUGAAACAUUGUUUAUUGAAACUAUAAACCAAAAGGUUAGAAAUAGAAAAAGGCUCCCAAGAAGUGUUCUCCUUGAAAGACUAAAAAAAGGGCUGGGUGAUCGUCAAGCUGAUACUGAUACUGUAUUUCAUGGGUUUAGACCACUUGCAGCUGCAUCGGAUUUGUCAAAAGCGGCAAGAGCUAAGAAGUCACUUCAAAAGAAGGCUGCUUUGAAGGAAGAAAAGAAAGCCGCAGCAUUGGCGGCUGGGCUUGAUUGGCAAAGUGAUGAUUCAGAUGACGAGCCUGUGGAGCAAGCAAGAGAGCCACCGCUGCCCAACCUGCUGAAGGAUGAGGAGCAUUAUCAGCUAAUUUUAGAUUUAAGCAGGGCACUUUCUUCAUUGCGGAUGUAUUGGGAAGCACUGGAGAUCAUAAAUCACACUCUAAGAUUAGCAUACAAUACCCUGUCUGUUGAGAAGAAAGAGGAGCUUCGAUCCCUUGGGGCUCAAAUAGCAUACAACACCACCAAUCCAACACAUGGCUAUGACUGUGCCCGAUACAUUGUUCAACAACAUCCUUACAGUUUUGCUGCCUGGAACUGCUACUACAAAGUGAUUUCGAGACUAGGGUAUCGGUUAUCAAAGCAUUCAAAAUUCUUGUACUCUAUGCGGUGCACAUAUGCUGACUGUGUACCACCCAUGCUUAUUUCUGGGCAUCAGUUUACGAUGAUUAGCCAGCAUCAAGCAGCCACAAGGGAAUACUUGCAGGCAUAUAAGUUGCAGCCUGACAAUCCCUUGAUAAAUCUCUGUGUAGGUUCUUCUCUAAUCAACUUAGCUCUUGGAUUAAGACUGCAAAACAAGCACCAUUCUCUUGCACAAGGCUUCGCAUUCCUCCACAACAAUCUGCGAAUUUGUCAAAACAGCCAGGAAGCCUUGUAUAACAUUGCUCGAGCAUGUCAUCACGUUGGACUUGUUACACUUGCUGUGUCAUAUUAUGAGAAAGUGCUGGCAAUUUGUGAGAAGGAUUACCCUAUCCCAAAGCUUCCUAAUGAGGAAUCAAGCCUUACAGAAAUUCAGAAGCCAGGUUAUUGUGACCUUCGCAGAGAGGCUGCAUACAAUUUGCACUUGAUAUACAAGCAAAGUGGUGCCUUUGAUCUUGCUAGGCAGGUCCUCAAAGACCAUUGCACUCCCUGAAUAGACUUUUCAAAGUCAACAUGUAUUAUAUGGUUCAAAUACAAGCUCAUACCAAUCUUAAGUUUUAUGGUUUUCUCA